GCUUGGAGCUGCUCUGCCUGCACAGGAUGGCUGCUGGAUGCAAACAGUUGCCCUGUGUCACUGUCAGUGGACCUUCCCUUUGGCUCUGGGCUCGGGCUAAUGCUCACCUGUCUUUUUGUUCUAAUUACAGGUUGGGCUUUUCCCUGGUGAGUGCAUGGAACUCAUCAGCGGAAAAGUUCCCGAUUCCCUCCUCAAUUCAUUGCCAAAGCCAGAGCCAAAGAAAUGGGGCAAGCUCAUCAACGGCCUUUGUUCCCUGGUGAAGGCCAGCCCCGGGAGAGCAAAGCAGCCUGAGCCUCCGACAUUCUCCGGAUCCAUGUCCUUGCUUGACAUCGUUGAGAGAAUGAGUUCUCCCAGUAAGAGGGCAGAGUCAGCAGCUGGCAGUUGGUGUUCCUGCUUCUGCCUGGGCAAACCAUCCCCUGUGGCCAAACACCAACUGCAGAGCAGUGCCAGGGAGCCCUCUGAAGCAGAAGUCUUGGUCCUGGCAGGUGACCCGAGCCCUUGUAUAUCCCCAAGACGCAGGGCAUGUUACGAUGACGCAUCUUCCAUCAAUGAAGAGUUGUUACUAAGCACAGAAUGCUGCAGUUCAGAUGAAAGCCUUCCGUAUAACAUCAGCUAUCAAGAGAAGAAGGUCAUCAUCGUUGAAGCCUUCAUUCAUCCCAUCCCUACUGAAGCUGCUGACCUGAGCCCACCAGACACCUCAGGCACCAGCCUGGACUCAAUGUCUCUGCAGUGCAGCCCAGCCCAAGCACAGCCUGAGUGCCCCGACAGCAGCACCACCAUGCAGGCCAUAGGUCGCAUCAACAUCAUCUCUAGCCCUGCCAUCAUCGCGCUGCAGCAGGAGGAGCUCGCCCUGACCAACAUCAGGCAGUGCUGCCUGCCUCUCUCACUCUCUAGCGACCAAAAGUGUAACUACGCUGUCCAUGGAGACCAAAUGCUUUCUGUCACCAUCCUCCACAUCCCGUGCAACCAUUUGCCGGGGUCCCACAUUCUCAGGGUCUCCUACAAGGAGAACACACUGGAUGGGGUUAUGAAGAACUGGAGGUGA